AUGGCUGCCGUGGCAGAGAGUCAGGAGAGAGGUGCGCCCUCUGGCAGUAAGCUGAACGUUGAGUCUGAGACCGAUGAUGCAGCGACACGUCUUCGUGAUGCUAUCAUCUCGGGGUCCGUGGAAACGGUAACCGAACUCUUAAACCGCCAUCCCGACAUUAUCGAAACGCCGGACUUCGAGGGCCACACGCCAUUGCAUCUCGCCGUUGAGCAUGCCAAACUUUCAAUCAUCCCUGUGCUUUUGGACAACGAUGCCAAUAUCGAAGUGGUGGAUAGCGAUGGAAGGACCGUACUUCAUCGGGCUGCGCGUCAGGGAAAUGUCGAUCUCGCUCGGCUCCUGCUCGAACGUGGGGCCAAUGUCGAGGCGAUCUCGAGAGAAGGAGAGAGACCUCUAUGGAUUGCUGCAAAACUGGGCAACGAGCCUGUUGCAAGGCUCCUUUUGGACUGCGCCGCCAACAUUGAGUCGGUAAACGACCAAACAGGCACUACUGCUUUGUACGAAGCGGUUACGCGCGGUGACAUCUCCAUCGUCCAGCUCCUGCUCGAUAAUGGCGCAGAUGCAGACGCCACGGCCAGCGAGAAAAAGCAGAAACAACCCCAAAUUCCAUUGCCGCAUAGGGCUACCCCAUUUCACCCAGGGAUGGCGAAAGGCGCUGCCCCCCCUCGUCCGCCCGGCUUGGGGCUCGGGGGGGGAUGGGUUCCCCCCGCGGCUUAUGCCAGGCCUGGAAGUAGGAUUAAAACGACAAAGAAAAAAAAGGCUGGAGGCGGUAUUUCGCCGUGGAUUCCUGGAAAAGGUUGGGACGAAGCUGAGAAGAAGAGGAAAACUCUCUUAGAAUUAGCGGAGGAGGAGGCUAAACAAUCACGCCCUCGACCUCGACCUCCACCUCCACCUGAUUUCCACCAUGUUCCACCACCACCGCCGCCUCCAUAUCACCUAGGUCCACGCGUCUCGGACGGCGCCGCUGGCGCCCCCGAAACUAUUAAGUUCCGUGAUGCUGUAGGAAGGAGAUUCAAUUUUCCUUUUCAUCUUUGCAGCACAUGGAAUGGGAUGGAGGAUCUUAUUAGACAAGCAUUUAUUGGUAUUGAUGUCCUCGCCCCCCUUGUGGCUCAAGGCAAGUAUGACCUCUGCGGUCCUGAUGGGGGUAUCAUUCUUCCUGCUGUUUGGGAGAGUGUUAUUCAACCCGGAUGGGCCAUCCAGAUGCUCAUGUGGCCCCCAGAGUCUGGGCCCCUUGAUCAAGGCGCACCAGUCGUCCCGCCCGCAAAGGGGCAACCGCAGCCGCCACCACCAAACCUUAAGGGAGGCAUCAAAAAGCCAACUCCGUUGUUCGAGGCUAUGAUCCGGGGCGACUUGGAGCUUGUCAAAUUGCUCCUCCGGCACGGCGCCGACACCGCGUUGAAAGAUCACCUUGGGCAACUUUCUCUAGACGAGCUUUCCGAAGAAAAGCGAAAGGAAAUCGCCAAUUUACUAAACUCAGGCUCAUUACUUGAAGGACCAUCUAUUGGUAAACCCCGUCAGAAAGAUAUCGAGACCCGAGCUAGGUUCUCCCGAGCACUCCCGGCGCCUCGUCACGACCCCGAGAAGAUGGCGGCCUGUCGAUCGUUCGAGGUAUCCAUGAUGGAAUUUCACUUGGAUGGUCGCGAGCGACGCUACUCCAAGUCUGCCUCCAUAUAUGAGCUGCUGUACGGCAUAGGCCCUCAAGGUGUGCGUGCUUCUGAGAGACCAGAAGACUUGAUAGGCCGGAAGCCGCAGUUCACCUGGUACCACAUCCCUGCUAACAAUAUGGAUCAGCCCCCGAGUCCAAAAGUUGAAACCGUCGAGCAGGAAAAUUCGAGAGAUACCCACUCAGCCAACGCGAACAACGAGGCCAACUCCAGGGAAACCCCGCAAUCUCCAGACCAAGCUACAGAGGCAAAUCAGCCAGAAACGUUCACAAUCCAUCUCAAUAACCAAAGUCCCAAGAAAACCCACAAAAAGCCUGGGACAGCAGUCCUCGAUAUAGUCCACCCAUUCGAGCAUCUUAUCAGGGGCUAUCUGAAGAGCCGAAAUCCAGAGGAUGUUCCCACUCUCCAACCACGACGUACGCUGGACCAGUAUGUUUACGGUCGCGUGGAGGGGACGUAUGAGAGGGCCAAGGAUCAAGUGAUAUACCGAUACACAAGAAGAUAUCAUGGACAAGCGAUCAAGAUCUUCAUGGUCGACCAGCUCUGGGUAUGGAUAUUGAACAAAGAAACCGUCAUCACCUGUUGCCCACUUAACUGGGAAUCUUGGGGACAGGAACAAGAUACCCACCGCAAUAGAUAUAAUAUCCACACUAUCAUCCGCGAUGACCCUCUCAACGUUUAUCAGCACAUUCUCCGACAUCUGAAGAAACCAUUCAGAAAACCGGUAACCUCGGUCUACGACAUGGCGCGGCUGGUUGUGGACACUUGCGUUGGUCUCUUCGAUCCUCAUGACCUUCCCAAUGACCUUCAGUUUUUCGACUUUUUUGAAUACGAAGUGGCGCGUGUGAGUAACUCCGCAACCAGGAGACUCCAGGCGUUUAGGAACCGACUGAACCAACCUUCCCUAACAACCGACGACCUUGAUAUCCGUUUGGAUAUCUCCCUUCUCGCCGAAGUCCAGGAAAUAAGAGACGAACUCGACAUGUUGAGAAUGGUGCUAAAACAUCAAAACGAUGCCGUGGGCGCGAUGAAAGAGAUCCUUUCCAGAAAAGGGGUAACGCAGUGGGAAGAGAACAGAGUGUCUGCUACUCACGACCAUCGGAUCCAAACCAUGGAAAAAUUAGUGAAGAACACCAAAGAUUCUCUGAUUAACCUUAUCGACCUCAAGCAGAAGCAAGCCAACUUCUUGGAGGUACUGUCGGCACGUAAGCAAGCAGAAAACACGGCUGAACAGGCCAGAGCUUCGACGAGGAUACAAACUAUGAUGGCCGACCAGGCUUUGGAGAGCGGCAGGCAGGGUAAGACCUUAAUGGUCUUUACCGUGGUAACGAUCAUCUUUCUCCCUUCGUCCUUUCUUGCCGCUGUUUUCGCCAUUAAUCUUGAUUCGCUUCCUCAAUCAGCCGACGGCAGGCUACCUCUCGGCUACUUUUUGACGUUUCUAUUUACGGUUGGCGCCGCCUUGUGCAUACCUCUUGUCUUUAUCGCCUUCAACUUAGAGAAAAUCGUCAACUUAAUGCGCCAAAUGUACCAAAACGUGAUACUCUAUUCGUCCAAGGAUCGGAAAUACCACAACCUCGGCCAUGUGAACUCCCUCCUUGAGCUUCUCCGACAGCACAGAGGCGUCCUUGCAGAUCCGGACGCAAUCGAGGCAGCCAUCUGGUUUCACGAUGCGAUAUACGACGCGAAAGCCACCGAUAAUGAGACCAAGAGUGCCGAGCUCGCACUAUCGCGGCUAAGCAGCACGGAUCCUCCUCUCGACCGCGAACGUGUCGACCGCAUAUGUACCAUGAUUGAAGCGACGGCAACUCACACGGUUCCACAAUUCACCGAUGCCCGAUUUGUAUCGGAUGCGGAAAUGUUCCUUGACAUGGAUUUGAGUAUACUAGGUGCUGAGGAGGAGGCAUUUGAGAAAUACGAGGCGGCGGUGCGGGAAGAGUAUGCCUGGGUUAGCCAAGAGGGGUGGAGAAAGGGGCGAUCAGAUGUACUAAGGUCGUUUCUACAACGACCUUUUAUCUUCUAUUCAGCGGUGUUUAGAGAUGGAUAUGAAAAGGCGGCCCGAGAGAAUAUCGCCAGGUCACUGAAGAAGCUGAAUGCGGCGGCGGAAGCGGCUUCGGACACGGCUAUUCUGUGA